UCACCAAACACACAACUCAACUGAGACUAGAAAAAAUGCAGAGUCUUCAAGCCAAGGCCUCCGAGUGGAGCGGAGUCGACUCGGCCGACGCGUUCGCCAUCGACGACACCAACCUCUUCGAGAAGCUCGGCCUCCAGGCCUUCGUUAAUCUCUCCACCGAUUUCUACACCAGGGUUUACGACGACGAGCAGGAAUGGUUCAGGUCAAUCUUCGCGAAUUCCAAGAAGGAAGACGCGAUUCAGAAUCAGUACGAGUUUUUCGUGCAGAGAAUGGGAGGGCCGUCUCUCUACUCUCAAAGAAAAGGCCAUCCUGCUCUGAUCGGGCGGCACAGGCCAUUUCCGGUGACGCAUGAAGCGGCGGAGAGGUGGUUGCAUCAUAUGCAGCAAGCAUUGGAGAGCUCUUCAGAUAUUGACGAGGAUUCGAAGCGAAAAAUGUUCAAUUUCUUCAAGCACACUGCGUUUUUCCUUGUGGCUGGAGACGAGUUGAAGAAGGGUCAAACUCAGAACCCUAAACCCUAAAUGUAAAAAUUGAAUUCAAAUUGUUGUGAGGAACAACAAGAUUAUGUAGGUCAAGGAACAUUAACCCUUUAUUAAUAAAUGAAUUAUGGAAAAAAGCUCUGAACUUUAACUCUUAUUA